AUGUAGAAAGUAUCGUUAGAAGCAGUAAUGCAAUCUGCCAGCACGGUUUCUCCGCCUCGGUGGAUGGUGCUGGCGGAAGGCGCUGACAGUUUGCCCAAAGCCCGCAGCGUGUUUGUAAUGUUGCGAGCCAGCGCUGUCCUGCAGCAAUGGAGGCACCGUGGUGUUUAGAGAUCGUCUCGUAUACUGUAGACUGCCUGCUGUCCUUCCUCACGGAGUUUGGUCAAGACUGGGCCGCCAGUGAUACGAGAGUGUCGAUCUUCAAAAUCCUGCUGGGCUGGCUGCUGAUUAGUCUGGUGUCCAUUCACUUUGCUUGGAAAGUGUACGGAACAACUGUCAACGACAUGUACCACCGGCAAGGCACUGUUGGCCAGAAUGGAGGCACCCCAGAGACCUCACCAAAUUUCAACAGCUGGGAGAGUUCUGCUGGGGACGGCUCCAAACCACGCCGGGAGUGAGGACCUUGCUGUGACCCGCCGCGCCUGUGUGGCCAAUCAGAUUGUAGAGCCUUGCAUCUCAACCAGUCACAUAUGGAGGAGGGUGUUCAGAGUCAAUGUGGCCCGCCUCCUUGGCUCAUAGAUGUAGCACUUUGUAUUUUGUGUGUUUUUUUAAAAACAGAACAGGUUUAACCUGGGGCACCAGGGGAAGCAGUGAAUCCCAAGCCUUCCUGCCCUAACUAACGGGGUAUUUAUUGUAUACAGGCAAAUUCUCUGAGUUAGCUUUCUAACAUUGCUUUACUCUGGCUAACAGAUGACUCCAUGUGGACUAGGACAGUUUGAGACAGUUCAGGCUUUUCCACUCACAUCGCAGUGCAUUCUGGUCCUUUUGACCUGUCUCAGGUACCUUUCACAGCAGGACAUCACUUACCAGCAUGCAUUGGGAACAGUCUGACCUGUCCCAAACGGUCCUAGUGUGCAUGGAGUCACCUGGUGACCCAAGUCUUUGAGAUAUCUGCGUAUUCCAAGCCAAAGCCACUGAGAAUGAAAAGAGCUGCAGCUGAACUCGUCGCACUCGGGCUGAUCAGCGGUACGGAAACCACGUGGAUUUUAAACGCAAGGUUAAGCUCUCUUUCUUUCCGGAUUGUCUUUGCUUUUUAAACUGGGGUAACCCCGCAGUUAUUUAGACCGGGGUAACCCCGCAGUUAUUUGGACUUGUGCACUUUUGAUCUUGUUGCUUGUUUUCUGAUCCUGUGUUCAGUGCUCUCCAGCUGGUGGUCACUCUGGUCCCAGAUGGUACCUCUCCGUCCCACACUGGCUCACACUGGGAAGACACGGUGCUGUUCGUCAUCUGUGAGCCAGGGUGCAGACCCACACUCUCACACCACGGCCCUGUGCUUUCACCACUGAGGGCCGUAGUCUGUGGAAGGUGCCACCCUUAGUAGAGCUGCAAGGUAGUAAUGGCUUUCUGUCUCAGCACUUUCAAUUGUGGGGUUUGGAAGCUCUGCUAAAGUUAGUGGCGCCAAUCAAUCAAUCCAAACCUUUAUCUAAUCAGAACAAUUUCUCUUUAACACUGAUGACCUGGCAAGAGGCUCACGCCACAGCAGCAAUCAACGUCAAACCCAAUAAAUGAGGAGUAGAAAAUCAAAGUACAGCUCCAUGCCACUUCUGCCUUGCUGCUCAAAGAGGGGCACUGUACUGAAGAGUCUCCGACUUGCACAUUCCCUGGAAUUUGCCCCAGAGAAAGAGGCCAUGGCCGGAGAGAGCAGCUGGAUAGGAGCUGACGGGAUGAUUUUCUUGAAUUGACUAAUAGAGGGCGCUAGUUCAUUAAUUUAAUUGAAGACAGUAGGGCUCCCUGGUGGGUCAAGGGGGCUGUCAGUUAAUUUUUGUUUUUUUGAAUGAUUAUUAUUUAAUAAAAAAUAUUUUUUGAGACA